AUGACGACAACGACAACGACACCAGCGUUGCCAACGCCCAUUCACGAUGGUCUGGGUAAGGGCAUUCCAUAUGAGAAGAGUGUUCCUAGACCCGUCAAUCCGUUCUCGCAUCGUGUCCCCGGACGAGAAAUCAUCACAAUUCCCAACUUCACACUCGAAACCGGUGUUGAGAUGCGAAAUGUCCCAGUUGCAUACAUGAGCUGGGGUAAGCUAUCGCCAAAGGCCAAUAAUGUCAUGAUCAUUUGCCAUGCGUUAUCUGGGAGUGCAGAUGUCAGUGACUGGUGGGGACCGCUUCUUGGGCCUGGGAAGGCAUUUGACACAGACAAGUUCUUCGUCAUCUGUAUGAACAGCCUCGGAAGUCCAUAUGGAACGGCCAGUCCAGUGACGGCCAAGAAUGGAGACUAUUCGGAGGGUUGGUACGGGGCUGACUUUCCGUCAACUACUAUCCGAGAUGAUGUUCGACUCCACAAGCUGGUUCUAGAUAAGCUCGGAGUUCGAAAAGUUGCAGCUGUCAUUGGUGGAUCUAUGGGAGGUAUGCACGUUCUCGAAUGGGCGUUCUUUGGUAAAGACUACGUUCGCUGUAUUGUACCAGCUGCAACUUCAAGUCAUCAAAGUGCGUGGGCCAUUGGAUGGGGAGAGGCACAGCGUCAUGCCAUUAGGAGUGAUGUCAAGUACAAGAAUGGUCGUUACGGGUUUGAUGAUCCUCCGAAUCUUGGUCUGGAAGCAGCUCGUAUGACGGCGUUGUUGACGUAUCGAAGUCGGGACUCCCUUGAGAGACGAUUUGGACGUGAUACGGGAAAUAAGAAGAAGACACAAAAACAUGAUAGCAAAACAUUACCAAGCAACGGGACACCAAUUCACAGUCAAGGAGGCGCAGACGAGACACCCGUCGCGUUCGACCGCGCCGACUCAAACUUCGCCGCCCAAUCCUACCUCCGCUACCAAGCAAAGAAGUUCUCCGACCGCUUCGACAGCAACUGCUACAUCGCCCUCACCAACAAACUUGACACUCACGACCUGGCACGCGGUCGAACACGGACCGUUACUGAGGCGCUGUCACUGAUUGAGCAGCCUACGCUCGUGCUAGGAAUACGAAGUGAUGGCCUGUACACGCUUGCUGAACAAGAGCAAAUUGCACGAGCUGUGCCAAAUGCCAAGUUGAGAGAGAUUGUGAGUGACGAUGGGCAUGAUGCGUUCUUGAUUGAGUGGAGUCAGUUGAAUUGGUUGUUGAUUGGGUUUUUGCAUGAGAGUUUGCCGGAUAUUAUGCAACGGGCGGCUCUGUAA